AUGCAACUAGCAAACUCAAGCUCCGCCACCUCCAUCCCAACCUUUUGUAACCACAACAUGCUGCAAGCUCAUUUAGCUACAUUCCUCACCAUCACCAGCUUCCUCUCCACCAAUCAUUUACAAAUGGUAGCCGGCGGUGCCAUCUCCGACGAUGAACUAUUUGCCCUAGACAUUGUGUCAAAGAUCCACACCAACCACGACUCAACAGCCAAGGCCUCGUCGGAUUUCGGCCACAUUGUGGAGGCCAUUCCAAGUGGGGUUUUCCGCCCGACCUCACCCACCGAUAUCGCCGCCCUUAUUCGUUUCUCUCUGUCCCAGCCGAAGCCGUUCACCGUGGCGCCCCGCGGGCAAGGGCACUCUGCUCGCGGGCAGGCCCUUGCUCCGGGUGGCGUCGUCGUUGACAUGUGCUCGUUGGGGCACGGUGACCAGAGUCACCGCGUAACCGUGUUCGCUGAGAAGCUGUGGGUGGAUGUCGGCGGUGAGCAGCUGUGGAGCAACGUCCUCCACGCCACGCUCAAGCAUGACUUCACGCCGCGCGUGUGGACCGACUACCUCCGCAUCACCGUCGGCGGCACGCUCUCCAACGCUGGCAUUGGUGGGCAGGCGUUCCGGCAUGGGCCGCAGAUCUCCAAUGUACACGAGCUUGACGUGGUCACAGGGAUGGGCAAAAUGAUCACCUGCUCGCCCGACAAGAACCCGGACCUGUUCUUCGCGGCAUUGGGCGGAUUGGGUCAGUUUGGGAUCAUAACUCGAGCUCGGAUUGGACUCGAACCCGCUCCUAAACGGGUUCUUUGGGUCCGACUAGCUUACUCAGAUGUGCACUCAUUCACUAGUGACCAGGAGCUGCUCAUAUCGAAACGGGCUAGCGGAUCUGGGUUCGACUACGUGGAGGGUCAGGUCCAAUUGAACCGGACCCUCACCGAGGGCCGAAGGUCGUCUUCCUUCUUCUUGGCUUCAGAACUUGAUCGGCUUGCAAGGCUCGUCCUCGAGACCCGGUCCGAAGCAAUCUACUACAUUGAAGGUGCAAUGUACUACGACCAUGACACCGCCAACUCCGUGGAUCAGAAACUUGACAAGCUGUUGGGAGAGCUAAGCUUUGUUCCGGGGCUCGCAUUUGUCAGGGAUGUGCCAUAUGUGCAGUUCCUCGACCGGGUGGGCCUCGAGGAGGAGAAUCUGCGGUCGGCCGGCAUCUGGGACGUGCCACACCCGUGGCUCAAUCUCUUCGUCCCCAGAUCUCGCAUCCUCGACUUCGAUGCCGGCGUAUUCAAGGGCAUCCUCAAGGACGCCAAGCCUGUCGGCCUCAUCCUCAUGUACCCCAUCAACAAAGACAGGUGGGAUGAUAGGAUGACGACGGUUACACCAGAUGACGAUGUGUUUUAUGCCGUCGGGCUGCUCCAGUCGGCGGUGGCCGCUGGCGACCUGGAGCGGCUGGAGAGCGAGAACGAGGCGGUGCUCGAGUUCUGCGACCGCGCGGGUAUCGGGUGCAAGCAGUAUCUGCCGCACCAUGCGUCACAGAACGGCUGGAGGCGGCAUUUUGGGGAGAGAUGGGCUAGGAUCGCCGAGCUGAAGCGCAAGUAUGACCCGCAGGCGAUUCUGUCACCGGGGCAGGGGAUCUUCCCGGCUGCCGUGGCCGGCGAAGCCACCUCUGAUUCUCUGUAGAAGCGGAAGGUUUCUCGUCGCCUCGCUGCAAUCUGCAUGCGCGCAUGAUGGGUGAAGCAGGAAAUGGAAAUGCUUGCACGUAGAGGAUUCUCGUGGCGG